AUGGUUAUUGCCCAAGAAUCCAAAAACAAAACAACACAUAAUAUAAGUUUAAGGUUUACAAUAACUCAGCAUGUUAGAGAUUCAGUAUUAAUAGAUAGUUUCUUAAAUUAUUUAGGUUGUGGUAGAUGUUACUCAAGUCGUAAUGAAGUAACAUUUAUUGUUUCAACUUUUUCGGAUAUAAAUAAUAAAAUUAUACCUUUAUUUAAGAAAUAUCCUUUAUUAGGUACUAAGCAAGAAGACUACUUGGAUUUUUUAAAGGUAGCUUCCUUAAUAGUAUCUAAAGAACAUUUAAGUAAGGAGGGUGUAGAAAAGAUAAAAAUUAUUCAAAGUAAUAUGAAUAGUAGUCCAUACAGUUUUGCUUCAACAAGUCACUUUGUAUUGACUUUUGCCUUAAGUUUUACUAUAGUUUUAGGAGCAACUAUAUUAGGGUUCCAAAAACAUGGUUUAGAAUUUUUUUCUUUAUUAGUACCUGCUGGUUGUCCUUUAGCAUUAUUACCUUUACUGGUUUUAAUAGAAUUUAUUUCAUAUUUAGCUAGAAAUAUUUCAUUAGGUUUAAGAUUAGCAGCUAACAUAUUAUCAGGUCACAUGUUAUUAAAUAUCUUAUCCGGUUUCACAUACAAUAUAAUGACAAGCGGUAUAAUCUUUUUCUUUUUAGGUUUAAUACCUUUAGCUUUCAUUAUAGCCUUUUCAGGUCUUGAGCUGGGAAUAGCUUUUAUACAAGCACAGGUAUUUGUGGUUUUAUCUUCAUCAUAUAUCAAAGAUGCUUUAGAUUUACAUUAA